CGAUCUCACAAUGCAUGGUGAAAACCAUCCGCCGCCAACACCACCGCAACCGCCGCCGCCAACACCACCCAUCGGGCCCCGGCAAUGCGCUUCUGCCGGAGUACAUGGAGUGCUGCUGUAGCUUCAUGCAGAGAUGCAGCAUAACAGCGGAUGAUCGUGGAAGCAUCGCCCGUUCGUCAUGUCGUAUGUCGGCUUGGUGGAGACGCGAUUGGGUAUACUUUCAAUGUCGAUCGAUUUUGUCCUUCAUCUAUUAAAUCGUGAGCUUCCAUGCAUAUAUAGCUUCCUUCUGGCGCCCCCUCCACUGUGUGUGUAUAUACAUUCGAAGGCCAUUGUGGUUUUCCUCGCUAGAACCUCAUCUUCCCUUGCCUGUCUCCUCUGUGUACGCUUGUCCGAGUCUUGAUACACGACGCGAGAGUCCACGAUGGCGUUCAUGAAGGAUCGGUAUUUUGGGGCCCGGGGUGGCUGGUUGACCUUUUGGUUGACCGUCGCCUGUGGUACUGAUAUGACUCUAUUCGGCUACGAUCAAGGUGUCUUCGGCGGCGUCAUUGUCACCGACGAUUUCCUCCAAACCCUCGGGAUCGUGGGAAACACUUCCCUCCAGGGGACCAUCACCGCCAUUUACGACAUCGGCUGUUUCUUCGGCGCCAUCAUGGCGUUUGUCAUCGGCGAUAUGAUCGGUCGAAAGAAGACCAUCCUGCUCGGCACCACGAUCAUGUCGGUUGGCGCGCUGCUGCAGAUUACGGCAUAUGGUGUCCCGCAGAUGAUCGUGGGCAGAAUCAUUGCUGGAAUUGGAAAUGGUUGCAACACUGCUACCGCACCGCCGUGGCAAGCCGAGACCUCCAAAGCCGCGUGGCGUGGAAAGCUCAUCGUCAUCGAAUUGAUCCUCAACAUUGCCGGAUUCAGCUUAUCCAAUUGGGUCACCUAUGGAUUCUCCUUUCUUCCAGGCGGCAUCGCCUGGCGCAUCCCCCUGGCGCUGCAAUUCAUCUUCAUCAUCAUCCUCUUCGCCACCGUCCCCUGGCUCCCAGAAUCCCCGCGCUGGCUGGUCGCACAGAACCGCAUCGACGAAGCCGAACUCAUCCUCGCCGACAUCGAGGGCACCACCAUCGAUAACCCCUACGUCCAGACCGAACUCAAGGAGAUCCGCUUCACCACCGCCUACGAGCGGGAACACCAAGUGCGAAUCCGCGACCUGCUCCGAGGAAAGAAGAGCGCGACCGCGAGCGCGGGCUCGGGGACGUUGAGACGGUUGUUUUUGGGGAUGGGCGCGCAGUUCAUGCAGCAAUUCUCCGGAAUUAACGUCACAUCCUACUACCUCCCCACCGUCCUCAUCUCCUCCGUCGGCUUCGACAACAAGAUGGCCCGCCUCCUCGCCGCCUGCAACAGCGUAUCGUACCUGCUCUUCUCGCUCAUCGGGAUCCCCAACGUCGAGCGCUGGGGUCGCAGGAAGAUGCUCAUGUACGCCGCGCUCGGCCAGGGGUGCUGUUAUCUGAUGAUCACGGUCCUGUUGCGGUAUAACGAAAUGCCUGGGUAUCCGCAUACCAAGGAGGUCGCCAGUGCGAGCGUCGCGUUUUUCUUCUUGUAUUACGUCUUCUUUGGGAUCGGCUUCCAGGGAGUUCCUUGGCUCUAUCCCGCUGAAAUCAACGGCCUCGCCAUGCGCAACAAAGGUGCCGCUUUAGAUAUAAAAAACCUCCCAGCUAACAUUUCUCUCCUCUCUCCACGCACCGCAACGAACUGGCUCUGCAACUUCAUCGUCGUCGAAAUCACACCCACCGGAAUCGAAACAUUGGGCUGGCGCUUCUACAUCAUCUGGACCGUCUUCAACCUCUCUUUCGUGCCCUUGGUGUACUUCUUCUACCCGGAGACCGCCGCCCGCACGCUCGAGGAUAUCGAUCAGUAUUUCAGGGAUCACUCGAACAUUCUCGUCCAUCGCGACCCGGAAGCCACGAGUGCGAAGCGACCUGCGUUGUAUAUCGAGAAGGAGGAAGGCGAGGUUCGGAGGAGAAGUGUUGGGGGUAGUGUCAGUGGCACGGCGGCGGCGAGGAGGGAUGGGCCUGGUGGUGGUGAUGGGGAGAAGAAGGCGGCUGGUGGAGAUGAUGGCGGUGUGGGAAGGGAGUUCAAGGAGGUUGUUUGA